UGUCAAAGGUCGCCGCGGUGGGCGCGCGCCGCGCGCGGGUCAAAACAGCGGAGCUCGUCGCUCUCGCGACGUUCGUAAUCAUUCGUAAUUACGUAAACGCGGCCGCCUGACUCUUUUCUUUUUUAUUGUUUUUUUUUCCUUUUUACUUCCGUCGAAUCUGGCUCCGGCUGCCAUAGUGCCAUGUGGCCGAGGCUCCGUUCCACUUGGUAGCCGGUCCAUGCCGCCAGCCGCGAUCACGCCGCUGAUCUCGUUAAUCGUACGUACGUCGUCACAAUAGAAACAUGGGUGGCAAGUGGUCCAGCAUGGAUCCCUCGCAGGUCGAGGUACCGGAGAUAAAAGCGCUCCUCGAGAGGGACCCGUACCUGAACCAGUACGAGACUGACAUUCGACGAAGGUAUGCUCUGUUCUUGGAUUACGUCGAGAAGAUACAGGAGGGAGAUGGGGACCUGAAACGAUUUACUACUGCGUACGAGAGCUUCGGUAUUCAUAUCAAAGAUGACAACAGUGUCGUUGCGAAAGAAUGGGCACCCGGUGCGCAGGAGGUAUUUCUAACUGGAGAAUUCAAUAAUUGGCAAAGAACUGCUACGCCGUAUAAAAAGUUGGAAUACGGCAAGUGGGAGUUGAAUCUUCCUCCGAACGCAGAUGGCAGUUGCCCUCUGAAGCACAACUCUGAAGUGAAGCUCAUCAUCAAAAAUCAUAAUAACGAACUGCUUGAAAGAUUAAGCCCUUGGGCGACGUAUGUAACGCAGAAUAAAGCUGAAGGGCUUACCUACAAACAACGAAUAUGGCAUCCAGAAAAUACCUACAAGUUCAAGCACCCCAAACCAAAGAAACCAGACAGUCUCAGGAUUUACGAAUGCCACGUUGGAAUUGGUACGCAGGAACCUCGUGUCGGCACCUACUUGGAAUUUGCCAGGGAUGUGAUACCACGGACUGUAAGGCAAGGAUACAACGCGAUACAAGUAAUGGCGAUCAUGGAGCACGCCUACUAUGCCAGUUUUGGAUAUCAGGUGACUUCUUUCUACGCGGCCUCAUCUCGCUAUGGAAAUCCAGAAGAGUUAAAAGAGCUAGUGGAUGUAGCGCAUCAGCACGGUCUUUACGUUUUGUUGGACGUGGUACAUUCGCACGCUUCCAAGAACACAUUGGACGGACUGAAUAUGUUUGAUGGUACGGAUGCGUGUUUCUUCCAUAGUGGUCCUCGCGGCGAGCAUUCGCUGUGGGACAGCAGACUUUUCAAUUACGCAGAAUACGAAGUACUUCGAUUCCUACUGUCCAACCUACGUUGGUACACCGAGGAAUAUGGUUUUGAUGGAUUCAGAUUUGAUGGCGUCACAUCGAUGCUUUAUCACUCGAGAGGCUUGGGACAAGGUUUCAGUGGUCAUUACGACGAAUAUUUCGGGUUGAACGUUGAUGUGGAGGGCAUAGUGUAUUUGAUGCUCGCUAAUCAUAUGUUGCACGAAAUAUAUCCUGAAAUCGUCACAAUAGCCGAAGAUGUUAGUGGAAUGCCAGGCGUUUGCAGGCCCGUCGCCGAAGGUGGUGUGGGAUUUGAUUACCGAUUAGCCAUGGCUAUUCCCGACAAGUGGAUCAAGUUGUUAAAAGAGGUCAAAGAUGACGACUGGAAGGUCGGCGACAUUUGCCACACACUCUCCAAUCGAAGAUGGAUGGAGAAAGCGGUCGCUUAUUCCGAAUCUCACGACCAGGCCCUCGUAGGCGAUAAGACGAUUGCUUUCUGGCUCAUGGAUAAGGAAAUGUAUACGCACAUGAGCACGAUCAGUCCACACAGCGAUAUAAUCUCUCGUGGCAUCGCCCUCCACAAUCUAAUCACACUUAUCACGCAUGCUCUGGGCGGCGAAGCUUAUCUAAACUUUAUGGGCAAUGAAUUCGGUCAUCCCGAAUGGCUGGACUUUCCGAGGGUCGGAAAUUCAGAUAGCUACCAUUAUGCCAGACGUCAGUGGAGUUUAGUGGACGACGAAAUGCUCAAGUAUAAAUAUAUGAACACGUGGGAUCGCGCUGUGAAUACGCUCGAAGACAAGUACGGAUGGUUGCACGCCACGCCUGGCUACGUGAGCUGGAAGCACGAAGAUGAUAAAGUGAUCGUGUUCGACCGUGCUGACGUCGUGUUCGUCUUUAACUUUCAUCCGGUCAAGUCGUUCGCCGAUUAUCCGAUCGGUAUAAAGAACCCAGGAACGUACAAGGUCGUUCUGUGUAGCGACGACGAACAGUUUGGAGGAGAACGUCGCGUAGACACGAGCAUACAGCAUUUUACGCAACCAGAACCGUUUUCUGCGUAUCAACACAAAAUGAUGAUCUACAUUCCGCGCCGUACAGCGUUAGUUUACGCACAAACUGAUCGCUAACUGCUGUCUCGCGUGACUGAAGACUAUUCGAAACGUGUAUAAUGAUAGAUGUACCUAAUAUAGAUAAUUAGUCAAGUGCAGAGAUCAUAUUUUUGUAAAAUAUACGUCGAUAAAAUAUCUAUAUACAUAUAUAUCUGAGAAUCUAGAGAUAUAUCGUGGUAAAUGCUGAAAAAAAAACCUUUUGUGAAUCACAACUGUAUAUCUCUAGACUUCUCUAUUACAGAAUAAUGACAGUAAAUGCUGGAUGCAUAAAACUUGUGCGUUUUCUCAGAUCUUGUUGUUUUACACUCGCAAGUCAUUAACGUGUAAUAUAUUUUAGACAAACUUUGGUGAAAUGUUUUUCUAUAAAAUUUGUAUAAACAUAAUAUAUUCUGUAAACAGAAAAGAUCAAGUCACGGUUUAA